AUGGACACCCACCCUUUUGUUGCUCUUCCACUUUCUUGCACACUGCUUCCAUCGACUCCUCUCCCGGCCACCGGCAUCGGGCAACACAGAGAACUGGGGCCUGGCCUCCGCAGCAAGCAUGAUUUCCAUAUCUUAGAAGUGUCUGGAGGUCGUACACAUGAACACCAUUGUAUCUGGUGUCCAUAUGACCAAGAUGGUGGGGCGUGCACAACACGAGGCCCGUAUUCCUUGCCAGACUGUCAUGAAAUCUACAGGAGUGGUGUUCAGCGUAACGGAAUUUACACCAUCUACCCCUCAGUCUCCACCCCUGUAAAUGUGUACUGUGACAUGGGCUGCUCUGAGGAUUCAUCCCAAGGAUGGACAGUGAUUCAGAGCAGAAUGGAUGGAAGUGUGAAUUUCUAUAGAUGCUGGGAUCAGUACAAGAAUGGCUUUGGGAAUGAGAGUGGAGAAUACUGGCUGGGUUUGGAGAACCUCUACACAAUGACCCACAACAAGCUGUAUGAGCUGAAAGUGGAUCUGGAGGACCAUGAUGGAGUUAAAGCAUUUGCUCUCUACACAGUUUUCUUUGUGAGCAGCGAAGAGAACGGUUACAUGCUAACGGGCACAUGUGAUUCCUUGUCUUAUCACAGUGGACAGAAACUCUCCACUUAUGAUAAUGAGCAGAAUUCUUAUGGUUGUGCUCAACAUUACCUCGUAGCGACGUGUAUUGGUGCCUCGAGAAGAAUAGAGCUCGCCCCUGAGCAAAAGCACAGCGCGUUGAAGGGAGGCAAUGGUUGA